AUGAAGUUUUCUCUCGCUACCAUCACCGCCUUCGUCGGCGCCAUCAGCGCCGCCAGCCUUCCUGAUGCCUUCACUCUCGUUGCUGAGGGCGGCAAGACUGUCCUGACAGAUGGCCAGAACGCCUAUAUUGGUGCCAACACCACUGACCAUGAAAUCCUGAUCCUCCGUGGCGGCAGCCCUAACGGCCUUGUCUCAUACACUGCCAAGAACGGUGUCCCUACGGCUUUCCAGAACCUAUACAUCGUCGAAGACUCUGUCUCGCCCGUCGGUCUGACAAUCCCUCACUCUGGCGCUGUUCCCGAGGGAGGCAAUCUCACUGGCUUUGGUGUCAACGAUCAGGGUCUGUUCACUCAUGGCGGCAAGGAUUGGUUCUCCGUUGACGGCUACGGCGAUAGCAAGGUCAAGGAGAUCUAUUGGUACGGUGCUCAUAACUCUGUGUACCGUAGCGAGAAGCUCUAUGUUAAGGAGCUCAAGAAUUACUCCGUCUAA